UUUAACAGGUCCUAUUGUAACCACUCUACUGACUUAGAGGCCUUUAGCAAUUCUAGUUUAUGAUAAUAUGUUAUAUAUUGCUUCUGGCAGCAGGUCACAGACCCUACAACCAAGCAUCUUUUAUAAUAUGUUUGUCGGCGUCAAUGAAAAGCUCAAAAUGAAGGUGACCGCCGACAUAUUUACUUAAGCUUUCUUGUCACUUAGAUUGACACACACUUUCGCGCCAACAUGGACGAUUCUGAAAGGUACACAAACAUUCGAGACUGAUAUAUUUGAUUAAGAAGGAUUUGAACACUUCCUAGACAGUCGUCCUGUCUCGACACCCAUUUAUAAAUUCAUGUUGGGUAUCACAAUGGAUGAAGGCGCGACAGAGAGGGAAAAUGAGCAGCAGGUAACUGAAAUUUCCAAUGAAUUGCAGUCUCCACAAAGGUCUAUUCUGGAUUUCUUCAAAUCUCCAGACAAAAUCAAACCUGCCAAAAAGCCCACCAGUCUUCUAUCCUACUUUGGAACUGCACAGCAGAAGGAAGCAGAACAAAAACAGCAUGAAAGUUUAAAUGGAAUUGAAAAACAAAAUGGCAAUCUUGUUGAUAAGAAGGGUGAGAAGGGGCCUGGUAAGAAACGCAAGCAAAAAGACAGAGAUAUUGAAAAAAAUGAUGGAGAUGAUUUUGAGGAAGACCAAAAAGGAAAAGGAAAGAAGAGAAAAAAGAGUGAUGAAAAAGCAGAAGGAAAGGAUAAAGAUAAAAAAGAAAAACCUAGCAUGAAGAACUCUAGUUUGGUGAAUGGAAAUAUUGAUCAGAGUACCAGUAAUGCUGAAUUAAGUUCAGAUUUUGAAAGUAAACAUAAAACAAAGGAAAGAAAAAGUAAAGAAAAGGGAAAACCAUCUAAAUCUGUCUGUGAAGAUGGAGAUGUUGGUGAUCAACAAGAAAACUUAAAUUCUGACAAACUAAAAGUGAAAAGUGCACAGAAAUCAGCUGAAGCUAAAAAGAAAUUGUCAGAACAAAAGAACAAAAAUAAACAAAUUGCAGCUACUACAAUUUCAAAGGAAUCCAAAAAGGCUGAAGAAAAUGAGACGAAGGAGAAUAACGAAAAAGAAUCAGUUUCUGAAAUGUGUUAUGAAGAUUUCAUCAAAAGUUUAGAUAAAGAUGUUUCUAAAACUGACAGUCGUGAAGACACAGAACCUACUGUCCUAGAGAAUUUAACUAAUGAUAAAAUUGAAGACGAAAAUGUAGAUGAAGAGACUGAAAGUAAAGAAGAUCUGUAUAUCAAAAACUAUCCAACCAUUUCUAAUUUCUUUAAUAAGGUUGACAGGUUGGCUGCACCAAUUGCUGUCACUGACCCAAAAGUUCUUGGUAAAGUGACUGUCAAGGUGGAUGUACAUUCUGAACCGUCCCCAAAUAAUAACACACUUUCUGACCAUGUACAAAUCAAAGCAUCACCACAUUAUCCCAAGAAAGAAGAGGAAGAGAUUGAACUCAUUAGUUCAGAGACCAUAACGAUAGAUUGUACACCUUCAAGCAAGAAAUCUUUAUUUGGAGUGAAAAAGGAUUCCUCCGAUAAUGUAGAAUUUGUGAAAUUAGAAAAUAAAAUUGAGGGUUUAGCAGAGAGUUUGUCAUCCUGUGAGGACAGCUGUAUGUCGGAGGACAGCAGUGUGUGUGUUGUGGAAGAAGUUGAGGAUGCUAGCAUCUUGGAGAGGAAGAAAUGUUUUCUUCAGAGUGCCACUGUGCCCGAGGUACCAGCUAAAACCACUCAAGUUACUCUCAGUUUCUCUAAGGGUGGACUCCAAGUACAAAAACCAGUGAAACCAACACACUCGACAAGAGUAAGGAAAAAGGACUGUCAGAUCAUGGACCAUGCUCCUGUGUUUGAAAGUACACCCAACAAGAAGUCUAAAGCUUCUAGGAAAUCAAAAAAGACCAUUGAUCUUGAUGAUGACAAGGAGAACAAGAGAAAUAAAGGUAUGCCAGACAAAGCCAGAACUGCCAGCAGGAAGUCUGCAAAAGAAAAGGUGAAGAAAACAGCAGUGAUGGAGAAAAUGGAGGGUGUUGUGUGUGAUCGCAGGUCUUCACUUCGGUCCCGUUACCGAGUUGCAAUAAUUGGUGCAGACACUGGGAAAAAAACGCCCAUCAGAUUGAAGUUUAACAGGUACAGCAAGAGCAGCAGUAGUGGAGUAGAGGAUGGCGAUAACUUCACUCCUCGUAGUUCUAAACAGUCCAAGAAAAAUACCAAGCUGUCUAAAGCUAAGGAACUGCUACAAAAGGCAAAACAGAAAAAUUCAAAGAGCAAUAAAUUCAAGAAAGCAAGUAAGCGGCCCAAGCAAUGUGCAGAAAAGGAUGCAGAGUCUUCAGAUGAUGUCAAACCUGCUAGUAGAAGACGAAGCUCUAGACUUUCUGACAAAUUCUCAAAAGAAUCUGUGGUUAUUGUAGACAGUGAAGGUAGCGGCGAUGAAGUAGAUGGUUGUUAUGACAAAACUCCUAAGGGCAAGAGUAAGACAAAAUCAAAAGGAAGCAAAUCUACACCAGCUAAAUCUACACCCAACAAAGGGACACCCAGCAAGGGCAGAAAGACACCUUCAAAAAAGUCAGGAAAACUAGCCUCCAUCUUUUUGAGCGGAAAAGCUGCCAAGGAAGAGAAGAAACUGGCAAUAGUGUUAGAUCCAGAGGCUGAAAAAUUAAAGCGUGCAUUUCUGAUGAGUGGGGUACCAGAUGAACUACGACGUCAAGCAGUAACUAACGAUGUUGUGAUUGUUGAGGACUACCCACCCCUUCCCACCAUCAACCACACCCAGCAGAAGGAAUCAGAAAUGACUAAUCAGCAUGGUGUCAAAGUUUGGGACCUUCUGGAUAUUACUCUUCCGAAACUGGGUGCGGAUAUCGCAGGUUUUUCUGAUAAGUCACUGGAAUGGAAACAAGAACUUGUUAGCACAGAUCCAAUCAUCUGCGACUGUAGUCGUAUCAGGGAAUUCCAUAAACAUAAUAGAAUAGAGGAUGGAGAUGUUGAGAAGAUUUUAGCUGAGAUAUCGUCGUAUUGUCCAACCUACCCAGCCAGGAAGGUCUUCUCCGUCCUCAAGAUGAAAAAGGACGACUUUGAACAGGAAGCCAAGGAGGCAGAGCAGUUGGAAAAGAAAACGGACACACUGACAGCCGAGGAGAAAAAAUGUGAGAAGGCAGCACCUCGGCGAAGCUUGAGGAAACGUGUGAGCCUUGAACUACCUCAGGUUGUAGAGUUGGGAGGAAGCCCUCCCCUCCAAACAACUGGAGAUGUUCCAUCUUCUGAGGACACAGCCAAUAAACUGGAAACAGUGCCUACAGUGAACUGGACUGACAAGUAUCUCCCGUUACACUCUGCGGAAGUCGUGGGUAACACAGCAAAGGUGAGAAAGUUACACAGCUGGCUGGUAGAAUGGAAACAGAGACUGGACAAAGAAGCUCGAAAAGCCAAGAAACUGGAGCUGAAACAGAAUAAAGGGAAACAGAACAAAGAGUCUGGUAACAGAGAUGACUGGUGGAAUGACGACAGUGACUUUGACCUGGAUAGUGAUGACAGUGACGAUGAGGAGGACGACCGCCUUUGCAACACUGCAAUGUUGUGUGGACCAAGUGGUAUUGGUAAAACUGCCACUGUCUAUGGUCUGGCACAGGAGCUUGGCUUCAAGGUGUUUGAAGUAAAUGCUUCCUCGACUCGAAACGGCAAGCGGAUUCUGGCACAGUUGCAAGAGGCAACACAAUCACACCAAGUGUCUCGGGGAACGGACACACCCACAAAAUGUCCACCCUCAAAAACCGCAAGUGCAUUCCAACCAACUACAAAAAUACCUUCAGCAUUUUCAAGUUUCUUCAAACAAACCAACUCCUCCAAUAAAACCGCAUCAAACAGUGUGGGGAAGGAAGCAAAGUGUAAAAAUGAAAAAGAAUCUGGUAAGCUAAAAAAACGAAAGAGGGAUUUGGAAACAGCACAAAAUCUGGAUGAGAAAACACCUAAGAAGAAAAACAAGAUGGCAAAAUCUGAAACUGCUAUUCCUAUUGACCCCAAGGCAGACGGCAGUCUAAAUCUCUCCAGUACGUCUCUGAUUCUGUUUGAGGAGAUAGAUGUUGUGUUCCCCUCCGACCAUGGGUUCUGGGCAGCAGUACAACAAUUCAUGGCUACUACAAAGAUACCUAUCAUACUGACCACAAGUGAUGCAGGUGUAGUCAAUAAAUUUGAUGGACGCUUCGACCACUACCGCUUCAAGACGCCACCUUAUCGAAAUAUAGCUGUUUAUCUACAACUGAUGUGUCUUGCUGAGAAUGUGAGGACUGAUUUCUUUGAUAUGUACAAUCUUGUGUCACUAUGUUGCGGUGACAUUCGUCGAUGUGUCCUCUCCCUUCAGUACUGGGUGAUAUCAGGUGGAGGUGUAAAGGGCAUGCAACGCACCAUACACAGGACAUUGAACAUACAACCAAUGUCACAAAGUGACAAAUUGGUGGAAAACGGUGUACUAAAUCCAGGGGACCUUAAGAACAAAACGACCUCGCCACGGAAACAAGUGUCCAGUACCAUGGAUGAUGAUGAUGAUGAUGACUUUGUUUGUCUGAAACCUGUCUGUCAAAAGCGAAGUACAAGGUUCAUCAGUGAUGAUGAGGAGUCUAAUAGUAUGCCUCCGGUACCUCUACGUUAUAAUCAGGAUCUUGUUAAUGGAGGGAGUAAAGAGAUAGACUCGGAGAAAGAACGACUUCCACUGGUACAUCUCGGACAUGCAACAUCAUUACAGGGUCUGAUGCUGCAGGGCUAUGACAGUGUUAUAUCUCUUCUGAAACAGAUGUUGGAGGUUGGUGAUGAUAGUUUGGUGUGGUUGGCGAGUCGGGUUUGUGAUCAGUACCGGUCACUGAAGUGUGAUCUCUUGUAUCGCCACCACCUAGCCGUCCUCCCACUGACCACCGUGGAGGCACUCCCACUUCAGCCCACACAAACCUUGGUCAAAAAGAAAUCACAUCGCAGGAUAAAAACAUUUGAUCUGUAUGAUAGUGAAACCUCUAAUGAUGGACUAGGCGAGCAGCCAAUGGAAUGUGAGGUGGCACAAAGUGAAACUCCAGCCAAAACAAUAGAUCCAAAAGAAUCAAUAUUGAUCAAGAAAUCGCUCAAUUCGUUUUAUAGUUUUUAUGACAGUUUAUCUUUAACAGACUCUAUGUCGGCAUUAGAGGAAAGGUUAGCAGUGUCACACGACAGGUCUGGGUCCAAGUUUGACUCUGGUCUCCUUUCAGAUAUACAGCUUUAUAGUUGUAGGAGAUUGUACAAAAUGCAUGAGGCAAUGAAAUCAGAACUCCUGUCAUCAGAACACAUCUGUGUGCCCAUUACACGCGACACACCCAGGGUAGAGGAGCUUCAGGGCAAGGACCACACAAAUUCUAGUGUUGACACACCCACCAGUAGAGCAAGCAGUAAUGUGCGAACUAGUCUACCCCUUGGAAUCACUACUAAUGGAGUUCACCAGGAAUAUCUACCUACUCUCAGAGCUAUAUGUAAAUCGGAACAGUUACGGGAACAGGCAAAAAUCAAACGACGGUUUCAGCAUUAUUUGGAUGGUAUUGGAUUACCCCUGAAAGACAACACACUGUCCGUUCUUUGUACAACAUUCAGGUGACAAAAAGUGGACUGAAGCAUUGCAUUAUCACUCAUUUAUUUGUACAAUGGUCAGGUGACUCUGGUGUGCCGAAUCACAGAAUCAAAUGUCAAUUCUCAGACAGCAGGAUGGAGGCUCCAAGUUAAAUUCCUUAAAGUGAUGCAUCUAAAGUGUGCACCUAUAGAAAUAUUGUAUUUUCACAAUUGUGGAUAAUAUGGUAUGCAGGGCUGAUUUUGUUUUUGCAGUCCAAAGUUUUAAUCUUUUUUGCUAGAAUUGUUCUUUAGGAAAUAAGAAUAGAUAUGUUUCUUUUAUUUUACUUUAUGACAAGCCUUGAUAAGGAUUUUCAAGUCCUCUGUUAAAUCUGAAGUUCGUUCAAGACUUAUGCCAGAAAUGUU